UCUUCUUCUCCGCCCUCUCCACACUAUCUCUUCCCUAUCCUUUUUCCCACCAUCUUCACUCACCUCCUCCCGUCGCCUCAACCCGCCGGAGCUUCACCGAAGGGGGGAAAGGGUAGUCUGAAAUCCACAACAUGAACCCUUCAAUUCUUCUAACACAACAAUCAUCUUCUCCUCACCCCACCAUCUUGUUCACUCCAUUUCUUAAUCAUAGACCUCUAAAAAUCACAACAAAGUUUCUUACCUUCAAUCAUCGUCGGCAUAGAUACAGCUGCCGCGCCCCUGCUGUCCGUUGCUCCGCAUCGUCAUCAUCAGUUGACCAACCAUCCACCACCACUCCGGUAAGCGAUGUGUUUGGAGGGAAGAAGGAGCUGUCGGCAUUCCAAUCACUUGUGGAUUCUAUGUCGCCGGCUGUUAGGUUAGCUAGCUCUGUCGUUGUAGUUGCAGGCGCCGUUGCUGCUGGGUAUGGACUGGGGUUACGUAUUGGUGGGACCCGGAAUGCUAGUUUGGGUGGGGCUGUUGUUUUGGGAGCUGCCGGCGCCGGUGCUGUAUACGCGUUGAAUUCUUCAGUGCCGGAGAUUGCUGCCUUGAGUUUGCACAAUUACGUGGCUGGUUCAGAUCCUGGUGCACUGAAGAAAGAAGAUAUUGAAAGCAUUGCUAGCAGAUAUGGUGUUAGCAAACAGAAUGAAGCUUUCAAUGCAGAGCUUUGUGACAUAUAUUGCCGAUAUGUUACUUCUGUACUUCCUUCUGGAGGUGAAGAUCUAAAGGGCAAUGAAGCUGAUAUUAUUAUAAAAUUCAAAAAUUCCUUGGGCAUUGAUGAUCCUGAUGCAGCUAGCAUGCAUAUGGAGAUUGGUAGGCGUAUCUUCAGGCAAAGGUUAGAAACCGGUGAUCGUGAAGCAGAUGCAGAACAGCGUCGGGCAUUUCAGAAGCUGAUUUAUGUUUCAACACUUGUAUUUGGAGAAGCUUCUGGAUUUCUUUUACCUUGGAAACGUGUGUUCAAAGUUACUGAAUCACAGGUUGAGGUUGCUAUACGUGACAAUGCACAACGCUUGUAUGCUUCCAAGCUAAAAUUAAUUACCCAAGAUGUUAAUGCGGAAGAUCUUAUUAGUCUGAGAGAUGCACAACUACAGUGUCGGCUUUCAGAUGAGCUAGCUGAAGAUAUGUUUAGGGAACGUAGUAGAAAGCUUGUUGAAGCAAACAUUACAACAAGUGUGAAUGUACUCAAGUCCAGGACAAGAACAGCAAGGGAUGCCAAGCUCAUUGUUGAUGAACUUGAUAAGAUUUUGGCAUUCAAUAACUCACUUGUCUCAUUAAAGAAUCACUCCGAUGCUAACCGUUUUGCUCGUGGGGUGGGCCCAAUUUCUUUAAUAGGUGGUGAGUAUGAUGGUGAUAGAAAAAUGGACGAUCUAAAACUCCUCUACAGAGCAUACAUUGCUGAUUCUCUAUCAACCGGUCGUAUGGAAAACACCAAGCUUGUUGCAUUGGGGCAAUUGAGGAAUAUAUUUGGUUUGGGUAAAAAGGAAGCGGAAUCAAUUGCAAUAGAUGUUACCUCAAAAGUAUACCGUAAACGCCUUGCGGAAUCUGUAACCGGGGGUGCUUUGGAAGCUGCAGAGAGUAAAGCAGCAUUCCUUCAAAAUCUUUGUGAGGAAUUGCACUUUGAUACUGAAAAAGCCAUUGAGAUCCAUGAACAAAUAUACCGUCAAAAUCUUCAACAAUCUGUGAAGGAUGGAGAGCUUAGUGAUGCUGAGGUUAAAUCACUCGAGAGGUUGCAAGUUAUGCUUUGUAUUCCUAAACAAACGGUUGAAAAGAUCCACGAAGAAAUAUGUGGCACUUUAUUUGAAAAGGUUGUUAAGGAGGCUAUAGCUGCAGGGGUUGACGGGUAUGAUGCUGAUGUGAAACAGGCUGUUAGAAAGGCUGCAUAUGGUUUACGGUUAACCAGGGAUGUGGCCAUGUCUAUUGCUGGCAAAGCAGUUCGGAAAAUUUUCGUAAGUUACAUACAAAGAUCACGAGCAGCAGGUGGUCGAACAGAGGCUGCAAGAGAACUCAAGAAAAUGAUAGCUUUUAACAAUUUGGUUGUAACCGAACUUGUGUCAGAUAUCAAAGGAGAAUCACCCGAAAGCACCACAGAAGGAGAAGAAGAGACAGUUAUGGCAGAAUUUAAACCCGUAGAUGAAACAGAAGAUGAAGAAUGGGAGCCAUUACAGACCCUCCGAAAAGUCAAAUCUAACAAAGUCAACAUGGGAAAAGCGGGUCAAACCGAAAUAACCCUCAAAGACGACCUGCCCGACCGUGACCGAACCGACCUCUACAAGACUUAUUUACUCUAUUGUCUGACCGGAGAAGUGACCCGGGUCCCGUUCGGUGCCCAAAUCACUACAAAAAAAGACGAUUCCGAAUAUGUAUUUUUGAAACAGUUGGGCGGGAUUCUCGGGCUGACCGAUAAAGAGAUUGUGGAAGUGCAUAGAAGCUUAGCGGAGCAGGCGUUCGGGCAGCAAGCAGAGGUGAUAUUAGCAGAUGGGCAGCUGACCAAAGCGCGUGUCGCGCAGCUAAAUGAGUUACAGAAACAAGUGGGAUUGCCUAGUGAAUAUGCUCAGAAGAUUAUUAAGAAUAUCACGAGCACGAAAAUGGCGGCUGCACUUGAAACUGCUGUGGGCCAGGGGCGGCUUAGCAUACGGGAGAUACGGGAACUGAAAGGGUCGGGGAUUGAGUUGGAUGUGAUGGUGUCGUUGAAUUUAAGACAGAAUCUUUUCAAAAAGACUGUAGAUGAUAUAUUUUCUUCGGGGACUGGAGAGUUUGAUGAAGUGGAAGUUUACGAGAAGAUUCCGGAAGAUCUUGGAAUUAAUGUUGAGAAAGCCCGUGGUGUUGUUCAUGAACUUGCACGGACCCGGUUGUCGAAUUCUUUGGUCCAGGCUGUUUCGUUGCUUCGACAGAGGAACAGCUCAGGGGUGGUUUCUUCUCUGAAUGACUUGUUAGCAUGUGACAAGGCAGUGCCAGCAUCACCAUUAUCAUGGGAGGUGACUGAAGAGUUGGCGGAUCUGUUUCUGAUAUAUCUCAAGAGUGAUCCGGCACCCGAAAAACUGUCGCGUUUACAGUAUUUGUUGAACAUUGAUGAUGCAACAGCAGAAGCGUUGCAAGGAAUGAAGGAUCGAGCACCACCAAGUGAAGGUGGCGGAGGAACCAGUGAAGAGGAGUUUGUUUUCUGAGAGUGUUUUGUGACGGUUUUGUGAGUGAUAGGAUAGGUGAGGGGGCUAUGAGUCUCGAGUAUUAUCCUGUUGAGUAUUUGUUUGUUUAAUGUCUGUCACAAUAUAGAUGUGUAGAUUAUGAAACUGGUUUCCAGUGUUCAGUGAUCUUAAUUAAUAAAAACGUCACUCGUAAUUGGCUUCUAUUCA